CAGUUUGUGGUAAUGAUGGGGAAUGUGGGAUAUCGAAUGUCCUAUAUGCGUCUACCGCCGCGAACCAUACUUUCGAUCAUCAGUUCAUUAGCGGUUUCUCAUUUAGUCGUAGUAGAGCGACCGGGCAAGUCACACACAGUCCUCGUGCUUCACGAAGAUCUAGUUCCAGAAAUGACCGACGAACGGACGCCCUUGACUUCGGUUCCACCAUCUGCGUUGGAUUCCGAGUCCUCGUCCUAUGUCCAUCAGCUCAAGGGCCAUGAAACGCUACGCGAACGCCAGGUGAAAAACUUCCAGUGCUGGAUUUGUACCGCCAUCUUCGGUGCCUUCAUCAUUGGAAUCAUCAUUAGCCUCAGCUACGUAAUCAUGGGCGACGCAAAACGUGGGGCGUCCAACAGCACAAACGUAACGGAAACGGCGAACUUCCCGGAUUUGCUUAAUCUGAUUAGCUUUCCACUAGCCGACGAACCCACGCCGAUAUGGGACGCGCCGAACAUAACCGAACAGGACGCAGCCGACGCCAUUGCCGAGGGGGAGAAAGCCCUGGGUGACAAGGAGCUGCUGGAGGAGGCCUUGACGGCACCUCCGGUACAGUCGGCGACCUUCCGGCACCAGAGGGCAGUCAGCACAACCCUGGCUGCCCGUCUUGCCUCCAAGGUCGGCUACGUGGAGAACAAGGCCACGAAUGCGAUCGCCCGGAAGCAUAACAUGAAGAAGCGGCAUCGCCGUUGGAGUAUCGGUAAGGGCCCGGCCAUCAAGAUGCCUCAUCAGAACGGAACUCAACAGUGCGACUUCAAUGCUAGGUAUCGCACCAACAAUGGCACGUGCAAUAACAAGAAGAACCCUCAUACGUACGGCGUCGCCUUGAUACCAUUUCGGCGACAACUGACUCCGGACUACGGUGAUGGAGUGUCCAGCCCUCGCGAAUCCGUCGAAGGCAAGGAACUGCCGAGCGCCCGCCAAGUGUCCCUCCAAAUUCAUCGACCAUCGUACCAUAACGACCCCAACUUUUCCGUCAUGCUUGCUGUCUGGGGACAGUUCCUGGACCAUGACAUCACGUCUACGGCCUUGAACCAGGGUGUUGGCGGAAAAGCCAUCGAAUGUUGCGACCCUGGCCAGCCUCGGCAUCCGGAAUGUUUCCCGGUCCCACUGGGACCAGGUGACCCGUACUUCCACGAUUACAACCUAACCUGCAUGAACUUCGUCCGGUCGAUCCCCGCUCCUACGGGUCAUUUCGGACCACGUCAACAGCUGAACCAGGCAACGGCGUACAUCGAUGGCUCCGUAGUCUACGGAUCAGACGAUGCCAAGGUCAAACGGCUACGAACAGGUCAGGACGGUAAACUUCGAAUGUACGUCACCCCGGAUAACCGGGAGCUCCUUCCGAUCUCUACCGACCCCAAUGACGGCUGCAACGAGGAAGCCAUGAACGCAGCCGGCAAGUACUGCUUCGAGUCCGGCGACGAGCGGGCCAACGAGAACCUGCAUUUGACGUCGAUGCACCUGAUCUGGGCCCGGCACCACAACAACCUUACCGGGGAGUUGAAGAAGGUCAACCCGGACUGGGAUGACGAGCGGCUGUUUCAGGAAGCUCGCCGGAUAUUGGCCGCCCAGAUGCAGCACAUUACGUACGGGGAGUUCGUACCGGUUAUCGUGGGUGAGGAUACGGCUGAGCGGAUGGAGUUGGCACCUAAUCCGGAGAGUGACCGGGACACGUACAACGUGUCGGUGGAUCCGUCGGUGGCGAACGUGUUUGCGGCGUCGGCGUUCCGGUUUGCGCAUACGUUGCUGCCGGGCCUGAUGAAGAAAACCCACGACCCAACCUCGUCACCCUCGGGCAUCGAACUGCACAAGAUGCUGUUCAACCCGUACUCCCUGUACGGUAAAACCGGCCUAGAUGACGCCAUCGGUGGUGCCAUGACCACCCCUCUGGGCAAAUACGAUCAGUACUUCACCACCGAACUGACCGAACACUUGUUCGAGAAAGCGCAGGAUCUGCUGCACGACCGGCCCUGCGGUUUGGACCUCGUAUCGCUGAACAUCCAACGGGGCCGGGACCACGGCCUUCCGUCCUACCCGCACUGGAGACGACAUUGCCGGCUUCCGCCGGUGGACACCUGGGACCAGCUGGAAAAGGUGGUGGACGCCGGUUCGUACCAGCAGAUGCGCAAGAUCUACGGCGAACCGGAGAACGUGGACGUCUACUCGGGGGCGCUCAGCGAACCGCCCGUGGAGGGCGGCGUAGUGGGACCGUUGAUCACCUGCCUGCUGGCCGAUCAGUUCUUGCGGUUGAAGCAGGGUGAUUCGUUUUGGUACGAACGCCGGCGAGGACCGCAGCGGUUCACCCGGGAUCAACUACGGCAGAUCUACAACACCCGGCUGUCGAGUAUAAUCUGUCGGAAUUCGGACGCGAUCACGCAAUCUCCAGUCUACCUGAUGCGCAAGGUCAACCGCGAAGACAAUCCGGAGCUUCCGUGUUCGCAGCUGGACACGUUCGACUUCUCAGUGUUUCGCGAUCGGAAGAAUGCCGACUCGAGGCGGGUCAAGCUAGCGACCGCGCAAGUUGGAGUGGUUGUGCAACCUUCCUCCAGUACCGUAGUGUCAACAAAUUCGUCAACGGCGGACACAACUACCGAAGGAUUGACGACGACAACCACUACGACUUCAACAUCCAUGACAUCAGAUAAUACGUUGAUUUGAGAGAGGUCUGUUGCACUGUAGCACGGUUUCUGGUAGGGAUCAUGUGAUCUGACAUCUGAUUUUAACGAUCAAUUGUCAAACGUCAGAUCCAUUGAUCCCUACCAGAAAACUAAACUCACGGUUGCUCGAAAACUAGGUACUAAUCUAGUGCAUUCGUUUUCUAACUGUUUUUACAUGUGGAUUAUAGUUCUGUAAAUUAAGCAAUACUCUGACAGGCGCAGUGAAUCACUCCAUCAUUUGUAAAGAAAAGUAUUUAGGACUAGUCAUCAAUA